AUGGGACAGUAGUCGAUAAUCAGUCGGUGGGUGUUGUGAUAAUAGGUUUUUUUUUGUUUCGAACAAAUCGAACCUGUCAAUCAUUAUUAACCGAUAACGACUAUCGUUACGGCCAUAAAAAUCAUGACAAAAAAAGUUCAUGUAAAUUGCCUUUCCAAUUCAAGUUACCAUGAAAAGAUGCGUGGAGGAUAAUUUCAUUAUUCACUGAAAAAAGUGGAACUUUUUAUCAAUUCGAAAAUUGAGAUAAACCUUGGAACGGGUAAUCUCAACAGAUGAGAUAAGAGAAAAUUUUGCUGCCUAUAUAAAAAUGCAUCGAUAGAAGGUCUUACUUUCCACAAAAGUCAGGUGGUGUGAAAACUGGUUGCUGUUGAAAAUGGCAAAGUUACUAGUAGUGAUUAGUGCCCUUAUCGCACUUAGUGCGGCAACUGAGGAUAUAUUCUUCAGUGAAAAAUACAUACCGAAGGCAGCGCACAUACAGGCUGAGUUCAUCCACAAUGGAAGUUAUUUUCCCAAAUUGGAUCACUUCAGACCACAGGAUACUCGAACGGCACACUUUCACUAUCGCUUGAAUCUUGACCACUACGAAGAGGGUGGGCCAAUAUUCGUCUUUGUAAAUUCUGCUGAUGAGACAACUACUGAAUGGAUUGAGCGAGGCUUAAUGGUUGAUGCUGCCCGAGAAGUCGGAGCUGCCGUUGUGACAACCGAUCAUCGAUACGUCAGACUCAAUAUUCCAACUGAAACUGCCGCUUUUGAUGAAUUAGUAUUCCUAACAGUUGAUCAAGCUGUCGCCGAUAUUGCAACCUUGGUUGUAACGCUGUACGACCACUUAGGCAAAGAUAAUGAUGCCACCGUUAUCCUUUGGGGAAAUGGAUAUGGUGCCGCUCUUGCUACAUUCGCUAGAAAGAAGUAUCCGCAUUUGAUUGAUGGGGUUUUCGCUUCCAGUGGAACAUUCAGAGCUGAAGUUUUCGACACAAGUUACCACGAUAGCUUAUCAUCAAAUUUACUACGUCACGGUAGCUUGGAAUGCCACACUCGCGUUCGUAACGCUUUCGACAUUUUGUUGUACUUAUUCGAAAACAACCAAUCUGACUACAUCAGAGAACGAUUGAGGCUCUGUGCUGCCGUCGAUCCCGAUGAUGAGCAAGAAGUUGGACUAUUGUUCGAGUUGUUCAUUGACUUGAUCAGUAACUACGUCAGACAACACCAUUUGUUCGGAAUUCAAAACUUCUGUCGCGAUAUGACAUACUACCCGGAAGAUAACUUGAACAACUUGAUCAGAUGGGCUCUACACGUUUAUGGAUACGAAUUCGAAGAAUGCAUCGAUACCGAUUACGAUAGAUUGAUCACACGAUUGGCUGAGACUGACUGGGAAGAAUCUGCUUACCCAAGACUGCGCGCUUAUGCUUACCUUCGAUGCACACAAAUCGCUGCUUUCAGAAUUACUUCCGACUAUGAAUUGACCGCUUUCCCAUCAUUGCUUGAUGCUGAAUACCACUUCCAAUUCUGUGAAGAUAUCUUUGGAGAAAGCUACGACCGCGAUGCACUUGAACAAGCCGUCCAGAACUUGAACACCGUUUUCGGUGGACAAGAACAAGUAGUACCAUUUGUCAUUUUCACAAAUGCCGGACUAGAUCCCUGGAUUGGACAUGGUGUCUCCGAAUAUCACUUGGAAGAUGGAGCAGUUAUCUUCAUCAAUUAUUCGGCUGGUGGUGCUGAUCUAUCUUCCAUUGCUCCAGACGAUCCAAUGGAAUUGGCUCGUGCCAAACAGCUAAUCUUUGACACGGUAGUAGAAUGGUCUAACAGAUCCUAAUCAUGUGGUCAAUAUAGAUAAUCAAUAAGUGCAUGUGUGUAGUGGUGUUUUUACAAAUUUUUGUCCAAUAAAAAAAUGAGAAACAAAA